UAAAAUACCGCUAGCAAGCGAAAUAAGACUUGAGUAGUUCACAAUGAGUGUCUUUGGUGUAAUUCAGGAUGUAAUUAAUGAAAAUAAAUUCGUCUUCUACAUGUUCUUUGGAUUUUUUAUUGGUUUCCUACUUCUACGGCAGUAUUUAUAUGGAACAAGGUAUACCGGGAAAGCACGACUAGAUGACAAGACAGUGAUUAUUACGGGCGCUAGUUCAGGAAUAGGUAAAGAGGUGGCAAAGAACCUAGCAAAAAGAGGUGCAAAAGUGAUAUUAGCCUGUCGAAACUUGGAGAAAACCAACAAGGUUGUUAAUGAGAUAAAAAGACAGAUACGAUAUGCUAAGAUUGGUGUUAAACAUCUAGACUUGGCCUCACUUAGGUCAAUUAGACAAUUUGCUAAAGACAUCAAUCAGAAUGAGGAGCGACUGGACAUACUGAUAAACAAUGCUGGUGUGUUCUACUGCCCGGAUGACUUGAAAACUGAAGAUGGAUUUGAGAUGCAGUUUGGUGUCAAUCAUUUGGGUCACUUCUUACUGACUAAUUUACUCCUUGAUUUAUUGAAGAAAUCCGCGCCAAGUCGUGUUGUAACAGUUUCGUCAAAUGCCCAUGAAAAGGGAAGAAUAAACUUUGAUGAUAUGAACAGUGAAAAGAACUAUAAACCGAGAGCCUGUUACGAUCAGAGUAAACUGGCGAAUGUGUUGUUCUCUAGAGAGUUGUCUAAACGAUUAAAAGGUACUGGUGUAACAACAUACAGUCUACAUCCAGGUGUGGUACGAACAAAUAUUUCCAAAUAUUUACGACAACAACAUUUUUUUUCUGGACCUAUAAUUGACCUUUUUUUGGUUCUUCCUCUUUUCAAAGACAGUGAGCAAGGUAUAUCCACAAUUAUAUACUGUGCAGUUGACGAGUCAUUGGAGAAAGAGUCGGGCAAUUACUACAGGGAAUGUUCAGAAACAUUGCCAGGAAAACGAGCGUUAGAUGACGGAGUCGCAAAAAAGUUAUGGGAAUUAUCAGAAAAGAUGGUUGGUCUUACAUGAUUAGCAGGAGUAUUGCUUUUAACCUACUUCGGAUGGACCUUUCUAUGCUCAGCAUGACCUAUUGACAUACAUGUAAUUAAAUAUAAGUUUACUAUAGAUAUAAACAAUGUUCCAAAUGUAGAACUGUGAUGUUGAUUUCUAGUAUAGAUAUAGCCGCAAUAUGUUAGGUGUAUUCAAUAGUCUAAACAUUAUCAGAACACAAAAAAAUAGUUUUUCAAAUGAAAUAGCCUUUUAUAACUUACUCUGUGUUAUGAGUUUUGCUCAUUGGUGAAGGAUGUGCAGUGACCUAUUAUAGUUGUUAUCGCUAUUUUGUGCAUUUUUUCUUUGAUCUUUUUUUGUGAUAAUUUUUCAUAUCAUGCUACUAGCUUGAGAUGGAAAAUCAUCGCUUGAAACUAAGGAGGUACGUGGCGUUGCUUAUGAAAUUGGCAUGAAAUUGACAACGUCGUUAUAGGUAAAAUAACGAUAAACAGAUUAUCAACGAUAAUCUAUAAUUAUUCUGUAUCUGUUUUAAGAGAUGUCUCAUUGGCAAUCAUACCACAUCUUCUUAUUUCAAUAUUGUUGAAUACUGUUGGUCAAACUGAAUAAGAUUCGUUAAUAUCACCAUGGAAGUAAUAUUUACUUCCCUGAUAUCACGUACUGUGUGUAUGGAGAUUUUAAUCACUGUCAGUCAUUCAAAAUUAUUAAAGUUCAGUGAAAUUACAAUUUGUAUUUCCUUGCAAACACAGUCUGAUAAUACCAAAGAAUGAAUAAAUUAUAAAAAAGAAGAUGUGGUAUGAUUGUCAAUGAGACAACUCUCCACAAGACACCAAAAUGACACAGAAAUAAACAAAUAUAGGUCCCCGUACGGCCUUCAACGAUGAGCAAAACCUAGUUUGAUAGAUCUAAGACUUUUAAACAUCUUUGUAAUUUUUUAUAUCAGUGAAAUUGAGUGUAUUGCUGCAUUUCAUUUGAAAGUUCUAUUGAAUUAUAUAUGGUAUUUGUAAUAAAAGGAAAAGGCCAAAGAAGAUAAACUAAAGGAGAAAUCUACAACGACGUCCUCUGUGUUUAAGUCUAUAAAGAAUCAUGUGAUUCAUGGGUUAAAAGCUUUCAAAUUAGAUUUCUCGUUUUGGAUCAUUACUAGGUGAUAUGUAAAUUCUUUAGCAUGCAUCAUUAAACUCCAAUAACUUAUUGUAAAACGUUUUCUAAUUACCUGUCCUUGUCGAGCAUUAAACGAAGAAAUAUUACUCAUUCCUUCCAUCUACACUCAUAUUGCAACUGACACAAAUAAAACAUUAAAACAUUGAUAAGAUAAUACAGUAUCCAUUAUAAUAUGUUUCUGUAUCAAUCUUAUAUAAUUUAAUUUUGGAUGUAACGCGUCUUCUGAUUGGCUGACGUUAUUUUGUUAUCAUCCAACAGACAUAAUUUAGUCAUGUAACCGUGACGUCAUUAACGUUUUUUCAUGGUUUUCUACGGUUUCAAAUGAAAUUUAGAAUUAAAUUAUUAAGAAAUGACUGUAAUAUUUUUUCUGUCUUUUCGAAAUAACAUAUAAAAAAAUGGGAUGCACACUGUAAAAUAACCCGCUACGCGCGUUAUUCAGUGUGCACCAAUUUUUUUAUGUUAUUUCUUUAUAGUCAGAAAAAAAUAUUAGUCAUUCCUUAAAUAGUUCUCCAACUAAUUUCUUUAAAACACACACAAACACACAUUAUGCUGAUAAUCAUCAUGGUAAUUACCUGUUCAGUUUAUGAAAAACUGGUGCACUAAUACACAUGCUUAUUAUUUUAUUAUUAGAUAUUUAUAUAAAUAUACAGGGCAGGUGCAAUAGGUUCUACUCCAAACUUUUCGGGGUUUUUUUUCUCGUGUUUCUGACGUAUGUAUAGGUUUUUGCUAUUUGUCCUAAGAAUUGUAUAUAUUUCGGUAUAUUUUAAAAUCAUCUAUUUUGUAUCAUGAUUAAUUAAUUUGUUUUUGCUAAAAUUCCAGUCUCAAAUAUUUCUUUAUAAUCAAUUGGAAGCGAAUUUUAGGAAUCAAUCUCUGUCACAAUCUAUAGGUUAAGGAAAUCUAAACAUUGUAUACUAAAGCACGAGAUUAAAAUAUGUUAUUUUAUGAAUGCUUAUUAUUAUAUUGUUUUGCGUCCAGUGGCAAGAAUUUUAAACGGUUUCUUAAAAAGGACAAAAAUGAUGACCACUCAAGCCAAUCAUAUAUUAAAACAUCAUUGAUUUUAUUCCAAAAUUAAUCAAACAAACAAAAACUCUGGGUCAAUGGUUUUAAUUACUGGCGCCUAAUAAUGAAAAUAAUCAAUAUUAACGAUUUUAAAUUAUUGUUUUUGAUUAAUGAUAAUGUCGUCCAAGCCAACAUAAGCAGUCACUAAUCACGAGUAAUUAGAAAUAAUAAUUGAUAUAUUCUUCUCUGUAUUAUGUAUUAUGCCAUGUGAUUUUAGAUGUUUUGUAUUUGUUCUUCUACCGAUGAGCAUAUUAUGCUAUAAGCAAUA